UAGGGGAAGCUGGUCACUAUCCUGAGGGUACCGCGUCCUGAAUCAGUCGGGAGUUAAAGGAGAGAGCUUGCUGGUCCAGGGAUGGGACGUGUUACUCGGGAGGGGUUGUGAAUCGGGGCCUGUUCGUGUGGGUGAAGAUGAUGCCUGUGGCUGUGUAUGAAUGUUUGUUGGGCUGAGAAACCCAGGCCUUCGCUGUGAGUUUGUCUCCGUGUUUGUCACCCCGUGUGUCCGGGUGGCCUCCUGUGUCUCCCCUUUGAUUGUGGGUGUGUCGGCUGCCUUUGUUGGCCUCUGCGGGAUCCCUCUGUGUGCACGUCUGUGGGCGUGUCUGCCUUUGUUUCCAUCGGCGGUGUCAACAAUGAGGACGCCUUCCAGGUGUCCACCUGUGUCUGGCCUCUUCCUCUGAGCCUGUGUGUCUGGUGUGAGUGUGUCAGUGCAUGUGAAGGUCUGCCUCUCCUGUCCAGGCCUUCCCCUGUCUGUGUGCACCUGCACCUCAGUCUCUGGGCAUUGUUGACAUGUGUGAGUGGGUGCGUCGGGGUGCCCCCCACUCCGCGAGAGCGUGGGAAAGACAGCCCUCCUGGACAGGCGGGCCGGGCGGAGCUGCCUGCCUGCGGGCCCCAGAGCCCAUCUUCUUCCUGCUCUCAGAGCCUCCCCUGGUCCCGGGAUGGUAGGACUUGUGUGAUAGCACGUAAUGGGGCUAAGGAAGAAGGUCAGAGACCUUACCCCAUGCUGACCUGGGUGAAUUUGUUAAGACAGUGUUGCAUGCUCAGAGUAUCGUUCUGGUCAUUUCAUAGGCCUGCCAGUGACUCUGAGCUUGCCCUGCUCCUGGUCACCAUGGGCACUGGAAGGAUGGCCACCCAGCCACUGACAACAAAGGCCCUGGGGUCAGUGGCGUUCAGGGAUGUGAUUGUGGACUUCACCCAGGAGGAGUGGCAGCAGCUGAAGCCUGCGCAGAAGGACCUGUACAGGGAUGUGAUGAUGGAGGUCUACUGGAACCUGGUCUCUCUGGACUUGGAGACUAGACCUGAAUGGAAAGAAUCAGACCCACAGGAGGACAAUUGGGAAGACAGACCACCCACUAUGGUGGUUGCAGAAGGAGCCACAAGGAAUGGUGCCUGGGGUGCCUGGGAAGGAGCGGCGGGGACACAGGGUGACUGGAUAGGGUGGCGACAGGGGACCCCAGGGACCUGUCGUGUGUGUUUGGACACAUCUCAAGCAUUAGCCCCUGAAUGUUGUAAAUUUGAGGCAUUUGUCCACCAAAGCCUUGUGCCAGCCCGACCGAGAUCGGAAGGACCGAAAGGAGGGGGGAUGUACCCGUUCACCAUGUGUGGGAAGGACUCAGGUACUUCAAGCCUGAGUCCUCCCUCCAAACUCCAUGCAGAGAAGCCCUAUAAGUGCGGACAGUGUGACAAGGCUUUCAGCUAUAACUCAUCCCUGAAGGAGCACCAACGAAUCCACACUGGGGAGAAGCCUUUCUCAUGUGCCACAUGCAGUAAGCAGUUCACCCUGCGGUCUUCCCUCACCACCCACCAGCGCCUGCAUACUGGGGAGAAGCCAUAUGUGUGUGGUGCCUGCGGCAAGGCCUUCAGCCAGAAGGCUCACCUCAUGCAGCACCAGAGGACGCACACCGGGGAGAAUCCAUACACAUGUGGGGAAUGUGGCAAGGCCUUCAGCCAGAAGGUGCAUGUAAUACAGCACCAGAGAACACACACCGGAGAGAAGCCGUAUGCAUGCGGGGCCUGUGGCAAGGUGUUCAGCCAGAAAGGGAACAUCAUCCGGCACCAGAGGACGCACACCGGGGAGAAGCCAUAUGUGUGCAGGGACUGCGGGAUGGCCUUCAGGCUAAAUAGGAAACUCAUUGAGCAUCAGAGUAUGCACACUGGGGUGAAGCCCUAUUUCUGUAGGGACUGCGGCAUGGCCUUCAGUCGCAAUGAUUACCUCAUCACACACCAGAGGACGCACACUGGGGAGAAGCCUUACGUGUGCGGGGACUGUGGCAAGGCCUUCAUGCACAACAGGAGCCUUAUUGCCCACCAGAGGACGCACACUGGAGAGAAACCAUAUGUGUGCGGGGACUGCAGCAAGGCCUUCAGCCGGCAGGAGUGCCUCAAAGCACACCAGAGGACACACACUGGGGAGAAGCUGUAUGCAUGCAGAGAUUGUGGCAAGGCCUUCAGACAUAAAGGGAACCUCAGCCUACACCAGAGGACUCACACAGGGGUGAAGGCAUAUGUGUGUAGUACCUGCAGCAAGGCCUUCAGCCGGAACAGAAGCCUCAUUGUCCAUCAGAGGAUGCACACUGGGGAGAAGCCGUAUGCAUGUGCAGACUGUGAAAAGGCCUUCAGUCGGAGUGAGCACCUCAUGGUACAUCAGCGGACACACACGGGCGAGAAGCCAUAUAUGUGUGGCCAGUGCGGCAAGGACUUCACGCAAAACUACUCUCUCAGGGAGCACCAGCGCGUGCACACCGGGGAGAAGCCCUACACAUGUGACCAGUGUGGCAAGGCCUUCAGGCAAAACUCCUCACUCAGGGAGCACCAGCAUGUGCACACCAGGGAGAAGCCCUACAUGUGUGACCAGUGUGGCAAGGCCUUCAGGCAAAAUUCCUCACUCAGGGACCACAGGCGCGUGCACUCCGGGGAGAAGCCCUACAGCUGCAGCCAAUGUGGAAAGUUCUUUAGCCUCAAAUCCUCUCUCAGGAAGCACCAGCGCAUUCACACGGGGGAGUAGCCCCACCAGUGCUUCAAGAGCUGGAAGCGCCAGAAGAGGAUGCACACAUAGCAGAAAGGCAGGAAAUCUCAGUGUCCACACUCAACUAGCCGGUCCUGAGCCCAUGAGUCAGUACCAGACUUGACACAGUAUGCAAGAGAAGUCCUGCCCAGACGGGUCAUAGAAUGUGGGCUCUAGGGACAGGCCACACCACGCUCACCAUUUGAUUCCGCAGCAUCUGUAGGGCCCUGUGGAAUGCAAGCCCCCCCUAUAGAUCUAGUACCUGGCAGUGUGGCCAGGGGCACUGUGGCUCCAGGCCAAGCUGGAGUAGACUGUCCUAUGAGCCUGGACAUGCACUUAGUCUCUGGGUCUUCACCUCAACAGAAAAAGGAGCGGGAGGAGGAAAGAACAGGGGAGGUGAGCUUCAUGGGGAAUCUGUCAGUCUGUCACACAUGCCCGAAUCUAGAUGGAUCAGGUUGUGCCCAUCUGUGUGUUUGCUUAUGUCCCCCACACACAGCCCCUAGUUUCCCUGCAACACCAAGUGGAAGCCCCAAGUUCAUCAGCUGUAGAAGUUAGCAGGUGGAUCCUGAGGAGAAAUGAGUAUUUUUUAUAGGAUUAAGAAGUAACACUACUCAACUUAGAUACCACUUUCUCACAG